AUGCCUCUAGACGGCGUCAGAAAUAUUGUGCUGGUUCUAUCCGGCAAAGGAGGCGUCGGCAAAUCCUCCGUCACCCUCCAACUCGCACUGGCCCUCACCUUACAAGGCAAAUCAGUCGGUAUACUCGAUAUCGACCUAACAGGCCCCUCGAUCCCCCGUCUUGUGGGACUUGAAGAUGCAAAGAUUACCCAAGCACCCGGGGGCUGGGUCCCCGUAACGGUGCAUCCGGCGUCCACAGACGACGGCGCACAACGAGGUUCCCUCCGCUGCAUGUCACUGGGAUUCCUGCUCCGCGAUCGCGGCGACGCUGUCAUCUGGCGCGGACCGAAGAAAACUGCCAUGAUCCGACAGUUUCUAUCUGAUGUUUACUGGGGGGAGACGGACUACCUACUUGUGGAUACGCCCCCUGGCACGAGUGAUGAGCAUAUUGCUUUAGCGGAACAGUUGCUUAGAUCCGCAACCACGAAUCCGGCCGCUGCGUCGGCGACUAUGCCGAGAUUGGCGGGCGCGGUUUUGGUUACGACGCCCCAGGCGGUUGCGACGUCGGAUGUUCGGAAGGAGGUGAAUUUCUGUGUGAAGACGCAGAUUCCUAUGCUGGGUGUUAUUGAGAAUAUGUCAGGCUAUACGUGUCCGUGCUGUGGAGAGGUAACGAAUUUGUUCUCGAGCGGCGGGGGGCAGGUGAUGGCUCAGGAAACGGGAGUGAAGUUUCUGGGUGCUGUGCCUGUGGAUAUCCAGUUUGGGGAGUUGGUGGAGGGGAAGGUGGUUGACGAGAGUGACGAUGAAGGUGAGGAUGGUACGCAGUCGGAGCAGAAGCAGGAUGUGGUGGAUGAGCGGCCGUUGGUGGAGAGAUAUAAGGAUUGUUGGUCAUAUUCCCGGUUUGAGGGAUUUGCGAAAACACUGCUAUCUGAGAUAGAGGGUGGCGUGGCGAAUUAG